ACUUCCUCAUACCCCACCCCCAUUUUAUCUGUCGUCUCUCCACACUGUUUCUGCUUUUCGUUGCUGAAAGGGAGGAAAUAUCAAUAUAAACAACGAUGGGAAUCAAUCUCGGCGACACGUUCCCGAAUUUUGAAGCGAAUACCACCGAGGGCAAGAUAAAAUUUCACGACUGGCUGGGAGACUCAUGGGGCAUUUUGUUCUCCCACCCAGCUGACUACACCCCAGUCUGCACUACAGAGCUGGGCCUCAUGGCAAAAAUGAUUCCAGAAUUUGAAAAACGCAACGUGAAAGUGAUAGCUCUAUCGAUUGACAGCGUUCAAGAUCACCAAGGGUGGAGCCAGGAUAUCAAUGCCUACAUUGGAAGAGAGCCCGUUCAGAAGCUGCCAUUUCCCAUCAUUGCUGACGAAAAGAGAGAAUUGGCUGUACAACUCGGAAUGCUUGAUCCUGCAGAAAAGAGCAAGGAUGCCUCCCUUUGGACUGCUCGUGCUGUGUUUGUGGUUGGCCCUGACAAGAAAAUGAAGCUGUCCAUCCUCUACCCAGCUACCACCGGGAGGAAUUUUGAUGAAAUCCUAAGAGUUAUUGACUCUCUGCAGUUGACCGCUUGCAAGAAAGUUGCCACACCUGUGAACUGGAAAGUUGGUGGGGAGUGCAUGAUUCUUCCCAACAUUAGUUCAGAAGAGGCAACCCAACUGUUCCCAAAGAGUUUUCGCACUGAGAAGCUCCCGUCCUCAAAGAAUUACAUGCGCUUCACACCCCAACCCUGAAACCCAGCAACAAACUGAGCCCAGUUACACUACACCUUUUGUGCCUGUCUUUUAUUCAGUUACUGAAUGAAGAUAAAAAGGAAUUGUAGACUAAA